AAUGAUCAUCAAUUCAAAAAACAAAACAAAAUAAUAAGCACAAAAAUAACAAAUAGUAGAGCAAAAUGAAAUAUAAUUAUUUCCCUCUAGUUGUUAUGAUAAUAGUGGUACUAUUGGCUCAUGAAACCCAAAUUAUGACUCGAACUCAGGCACAAAGUACUUGUGCUUCCACACUUGCAAGCCUGAACGUGUGCGCUCAAUUCGUGGUGCCAGGUGGUGGUGCCGCCACCCCGAGCCCCGACUGCUGUGGGGCCCUCCAGGCGGUGAACCACGACUGCUUAUGCAGCACCCUCAGGAUCGCCUCCCGCAUUCCCACCCAGUGCAAUCUCCCUCCCCUCACUUGUGCAAAUUGAGGAUGGACCAUGGAUGUAUUUGAUUGCUAAUAAUGCCAGAAAUUCUAGCUAGUAGAGAUGUCUGGAUUUUAGUAUUUCCAUGUAAUAAAGCAAAGUGUGAUGGAAUAAUAAUAAUAAUGGAUUGUUUUCAUUUAA